GCUGGAGUUUCUGCAGGGCUUCAGGUGGUUCCUGUAUCUUUCGGUAGUGAAUCGAAGUUUGGGAAAAUUGAGGAAGUAGGUGGUAAAGUGGUUCACAUAUAUGGUCCUACUAGAAGACAAACCAUUCAAAGAAAACCCGACUAAUGCUGAGUUAUAUUCGAAAGUUGGAGUUCCUUUUGUAAUGGGAACUACAGGGGAGACGGGUAGAUGUUGUACAAUACUGUUCAAGAUUCAAAAAGCUUACUGUAAUCUCACCACAAAUGGGGAAGCAGGGGUCCUGAGUCCUUGUAAGUUAAAUGCCCGUGGUCGUAUUAAACUUGCACUCGAAGUUGCUGCUGCUCAUGGCAUAAAGGCUGGAUCAAGGGGGGAGAAUAUUGGUGGUGCUUCCCAAAUGGGAAAAGAUGUAGCUUCUACUGCCGCUGUGAAGCCGGCUAGGCGACCUCGGCUGGUGAUACGAAAUAAGGGAGAGUCAACGGCGUCGUCUGAAGGUCAGAGAGGUUUACUAACCGGUGAAGCGUUGAGUUCUCAGAAUUACUUCUGCGGUUCAGAUUCUCAGAAUAAUCAUGGGGCGUUCGGAACAACCAAUGGAGCAAUGCAACUCCAAGAAGCAGAGGCAUCAGAGUGGUCAAGUUGUGACGGGAUCAAGGUACCCUGACCUGGCACCAUUAUCUGUUAUUGGCAGUCCUAAUUCUUUGGUUGAUCGGGCAACCUGGUUCAAUUUCAAGGGGAAUAUUGCCGUUGUAGCAAGCACCUAUUCUCAUUUCGUGCCAGUUUACAACUUCCCCGUAUCUCCGGAACUGAGGGACUAUUACAAGGAGAUUGUGGAAGAACUCGGGCAUGUGGAAAGUACUGAAGUUCUGUCGGAUCGAAACAACUUGAUUUCUAGUGUAUCCACUUUGGUUGUUGUGGCGAAAGAGAUGGCUGAAUUUGGCGAUGAAUGUCCUUCUGCUUCUUCCUUGGAAGCAUGGAGAGACAGUUUUGUUCUCCCGAGGCUUCUAAAGUUUAACAUGGGGUGGAUUGAAGAAUUAUUUAAGGGAUUGGAAGAGAGUAGAGCGAGCCGACAACUGGUGCUACCUGGUGAGAUUAUGGUGCUGAAGGAGGAGGUGAAAGCGGAGACUCAUAAAUUGAAGGAGCAGCAAAAGGAUCAGGUUCGGAUAACUGCCGAGGCAUCCAAGAUUGUUGUUGAGGUUGCGGCGACCUCAACAAAGUUGAAUUUGAAGAAGAAAGAGUUGGCUGAAAAGGAAGCUGAGUUAGCUAGUUUUGAAUGAUUUUAUUGCAUCUGGUUGGG